UGUGUCUGAGAUCAGCUGCCGUCCAGAAGACUUCAUCUAGCGAAGCACACUCUGCAGGCACGAACUCAAAAUGUCCUACAUCUCUGAACUCCAAGUGUCUGUGAAGCAAGAUGAGGAAUAUGCGUUCCAUCAGCAAGGCUUCAAAAAAAUCUUUGUUAAUUUGAAUGAAGGGGCCAAGGGAAAUGCUGUCUACCUUUGGUACAAAAAAGGCAUCAAUGGAAUCACCAGGAUUCAGAUUUCUUUCAACGAUAAGAUGGCCAUUAAGCUGAGCGAAGCAGGGUUUGCAAAAAUCAACAAAAACCUCAAUGAGGGAGCCGGUGGAAACCCCAUCUACCUGUGGUACUACAGAAUGUUCCCACAAGGCAGCAUUCCCAUCACAGACCUUUUUGUCUCUACACAGGGAGCAGAUGAACCCAAAAUCUAUAAAGAGGGAUGGGAGAGACUGGCCUGUGAUCUGAACCGGGGGGCUGGUGGAAACUGGAUCCACCUGUGGUUGAAGAGAGAGAAACCAACCUACAUCCAAGACAUCAUUGCCAAUGCUAACUAUGAAGGAGAUCGAGUCUACUUCCAUAAUGGCUACAUCCGGGUGGAUGAAGACACCAACCGAGGAGCAGGAGGGCCUUCUGUCUUCAUCUGGUAUCGUCAGACCACCAAUCCAAAAGAGGCCAUCACUAAGAUGGCAAUCUCUACCAAUGAUGAUGAAUCCAAGAGCUUGCAAAGUCAAGGCUAUGAAAUCGUUAACCAUGAUCUGAAUGAGGGGACCAAAGGAAAGGAGGUAUACCUGUGGUACAAAAAAGACACCAGCAGCACCACCUACAUCAAGGCCAUCACUCUGCUCAUUGACCCAGCAGCUAAGGAGGCAUAUGAGAAAAAUGGGAUCCCAGUCAUGAAAGAAAAUCUUAACAAUGGAAACCACGGCGUUCCCAUGUACCUGUCGUAUUACCAGUGAGAGUCGUCAUGGUAACAGGGCUGAGCAUGCUCACUGAGCAGAAACCAGAGUCAAAGAUGUUCCUUUUUAAUCAGUUUAGUUUUUCUUUCCUUUCUGAAAUGAUGUUCAAUCACUGUGGUCUCAGAGGUUUGACUCCACCAACCAUCUCUGAUCCUACAAUCAAUCCAUCAGUCUGUUUGAUUUUAUAAAUGUUUGUUCUGAUGAUUGUUUCUCUUUCAGUAAAGUCUCUUUAGCAUCUGAAAUAUCUUUGUGUCAUGUGUCAAAACUUCAUCUGAUGGUUGUUAGCAGAAUCUGAAGAAUUCCAAUAAAAAGUGGAGUAAAGUGA